AUGAAGAAAACCAGCGAUAGCUGCCACGGGGCCGCGCGGACGAGGAGGCAUGAGCAGCGAUUCGUGGACAUGAGGGUGACUCCAAGGCGUUGCCCAGUGGCAGCAAAGGCGGCAGUUAUCAACAGCCCCUUUGCCUCCCCCCAUCAACCUGUGGCGACUACUCUCGGCCACUCCCUCCCGGGUCCUUACCCGUACACACCCGCCCUCCUCUGCCACAGGACCUUCCUUUACCUCCUGUCCACCACCAUCCAGCACCUCCGUUGGUCUCCGUCCAAGCCUGCCUUCCCAUUCCCCGCUUCUUGCGCCCUCCGUCGGUCAGCCUGGGCAGUGCUGCAGGCGCGACCCCUGUACACCUCUGAGCCUCGAACGCAACCACGGGCAUGCCUCCCCGUCUCCUCUUCCCCACAACCACGCAGGGCACAGGUCACAGGCCACACCAGUACCGGUGCAGCCCCCACAGGCCGUGGCUCCCGCCUCAGUCGAGCUAGCCAGCGCCUCAACCCAAGCGUGCAGGGUGGGCGACAGGGCAACCCUGCGGAGCCCCCUGCACAGGCGACGAGUGUCGUUGGCCGGACACCUGCUAACGCCCGAACCCCCUGCUGUUGCCUGCACCUUGCGGAGGGAAAACCACCCGGCGGCCUCUCAUCCAGCGUGGCCGCCUCACCUCUGGCCAGCAACAUCGGUUGUUUGGCCUGCUGUUUCCCUAGUGCCCCGUGCUGGGCCUUGACCCCUCGAAGAAGCCCCCCAGGUCCUCCCACCCCCCUGUACAUCCACCGGACCUGUCACAAAGCCCCCAUCCUGCAGGAGCUCCACCGGAAACCUCCAAGGUCCCCUCCCGACACCCCGGCCCCCCCACCGCAAGAGGCAGCCCCCAGCCCCCAGUCCAAAACCUCCCCUCCGAUCCCUCACCACCCGUGCCUUCCCCCUAUCAUCCCCUUCCCCCCACCCCAGGCAGCGUCCCUUCCCGGGCUCCCCAUGUCCAAGUCUCCUGAGUCCAUCUCCAAAAUCCUGCCCACCCACCACCAGACCCCCCCUCCUCACCCUGCUUACCUUCACCUCAAGAGGCCAAGUCCACCACCAGCCGGUGGACUCGAUGACCUUGAAGGAGCAGGACCAGCUGGAGGACCCAGUUUCUGCUUCCCACUGAGCGUGACCAGCUUCCUGCCCGGCGCCCAAACAGCCACUUCCUCCUCCGUCCCACAGAGACACAGUUUACCCCAGUCCCUGCCAUCCGACCUUGAGCCUGAAAGGCGGUCUGCGUUAUCCAAUGCCAUGGCGUCCUCCACCCCUCAGGAGAGGGCAGAGGAGCCUCCACAGCACCCUCCCAAGAGCUCGGCGUCUCUGACCCAGAGCCGGAAAGGCCUCGGCGUCGCCAGCACCAUGGCGUCCUCCAUCCCCAAGAGACAGAGGGCAGGGGAGUCCCCGCCACCAGCCAGUUGCUCGCCCAGCUUAAUCACUGGCUCACCAACAGGGGAAGCACCACCUCCCCAGCCGAAGGCGCAUCGCCCUCCCCCUCCCCGACCAGGCCACUCCUCGCCCGCUUCCACCAGGGUGGGCCCCUCCGCUUCCCUCCUCCGCCAGCUUCCAGGCAGUCCCUCACCGUCACCACUGGAGGCGCCUCAGCACCCCGCCAUGCCAUGCGGCCCCAACGUGCCGCUAUCGCUGUUAGCCUCUUGUGUUGUUGUCCCCUGCCACCCGUCCAUUCAGCCACCUGCUCCGUCCUCCCUCAGUCACUGCCCGCCAUCCACAGAACUCCAGCCGCCCUCCUGCCCUCUCUGCCAGUCUCCAUCUCCACGAGCAGCCCCAGCAUCUGACCAGCCUCGCUCGGGCAGGCUCCCAAAAAGUACAAACGAGGCACUGCCGCUGAUAGAGAACAGGUCUUGGGCACCGACAUCACCCAGCACUGCCCCUCACCCAGAGCGCAGCCUGCACCUUCCACCCAAUGACGUGAGCUUUGUGGCCCUGUCCUCCACAUCCGGCAUAGUACUCUGGCUGACCGGGUAG